AUGCGGGUAAGGCGCUACGCUGGCAGCGGCUGUAGCCGCUGCAGCGGCAGCUGCUUUGGGCGAAAUGUCUCUCAGUGUUUUAUUGGAGGAUUUGUAGGCCUGGCGGCAGUGGCGGCUGCUGCAGAAACAGGAAUGCAGGUAUUCGCCGCCGCCCAUGCCGGCGGUGAGGUUAUAGAAAAGGCAAGCGACUCGACCUGGAUCGCGCCGAUGAGCAGCGGCAGCGGCAGCAUGGAGGCUCCGCAGCCAGCAGCUCAGUUGCAGUUGGAGGCCUUGAAAGGAAGUCCGGAGUUCCCGGCGACCUGGAAACGGCCAGCGAUGUCCAAAGGCGGCUACUUGGCCGCUGCAGCAGUAGGCCUGCUUGCAUUGGGCUACCUGAUUCUUCGCUGCCACGUGGGGCAGCGCGCGUCGCUGCAGCGGCGCGGCUCCGCGCGGGCGCUGGCGGCCUCCGACGAGGCCGGCAGCAGCUCAAGUCUGGACAAAGAAGAGGGCUCCAGCGAGGAAGAGCAGGAAGGCGGGCCCAGAAGGGGCAUGGGGUGGUCUUCUUGCCUGACAGCGGAGUACCGGGAUGCUCUGGCGAAGGCAGCAGCGAGGCCCAUAGAGCGACUGACUACUGAUCGGGUGCACGAGCGGGCCCUUUUGUUCUUUCAGGAGUUGACGGACUUGCUGAAGAUGGGCCGGAAGCUGCUGCCGCUGCUGGACGACAGGAACUCCCUGACGACGUCAGUGCUGCUGCUGGCGGUGGCCAUUCAAGAACUGGCUUUCGUGCGAUUCUACGCAGACCCGUGGGUGCUGCAGCAGUGGGAAGCCGUGGCCGACGAAGUGCAGGAACAGGGCCGCGACCUGCUUGCGCCUUGGUACUACAGGAAGACCUUCUGCACCAUGUCGCGGCGGGGCCGCAGAGUCAUGCGUUUCCUGGGCAACGUGCGCGGGCGCAAGCCCUGGGGGCCCCACCUGGGGCCCCUCGAGGCCACCCGGGGGCUCUUCACCGCAAUUACCAUGGGCAGGGCCACCGUGGCCCAGUCCGUCCGCGCCCUCAACACGCUCUUGCCCUGGCAGCAGAGAGGCUUCCGCCGCAGGAGAGCCUUCAGCCAGAUGUGGAAGCAGGACAACGAGCCGGGGGCCGCCACGUCCGGCGACAUCAGAGAGCGAAGACAUAUGAGCUGCGUGCCGCGGGCUCUGGGGAUUUCCCUUUCCACUUUCUUCACGGCCUUGAAGAGAACCCGCAUGGGCAACGCCGGCUCCGACGUCAACCUCACCGCCUGGUUGCUCACUUGCGAGCCCAAGUGCAAACACCGCAUCUUCCUCGACACCGCCAGCAUGUCCAAACGUCUGCAGGACUGGUCUUUGCUUUCGCAGCUCCGCAAGCUCUUGGGUGUGGCUGACAGGCGCCUGCAAGAAGUCCUCAGGGAGCAGGCCAACUGCCUCAAGUACGAGGCCAAGUUGAGAGUGCCCAAGAGUAGGCUGCCUCUCCCGAUGGCCCAGCACACCGUAGCUGGGGAUCACGCAGCUGGCGCUGCUGCUCGCGCUGCUGCCCGCGCUGCCUCUCGUGCUGCUGCUCGCGCUGCUGAAGAAGCUGCUGCUCGCGCUGCUGAAGAAGCUGAGGAGGAGAGCGAUGACGCUGCGGAGGACAGCGAUGACGAUGCGGGGAGGGACUCGGACGCUGCAGCUGCUGCCCCUGCUGCUGCACCUGCUGCUGCCACUUCUUUCCCACGCCGCCGCGGAAUUUUAUUUCUUGGUUCCGGCUUCUGGCGUAGCAGACACUCGGUGCCCGAGAGGUACCAUGUAGCCCCAAGGGCUGUAGCUGAGGCUGCAGCAAGGGCUGCUUCAAAGACCCUCUCGAGGAGUCCUGCAGCAAAGAUGCCAAACAGUGCGGAGGCCGGCUCUGCCGCUACUGAGGCGGUUGCUGGGGCUCCUACUCGAACCUGGCCGCGUGUGCAUUUGUUGACCAGGCCGCAAGCUGGGGCUGAAACACAAGCUGCUGCAGGGGCCACCGCGGCGUCCCCUGCAGAAGCUGUAGCAGGGACUGGUGCUUAUACAGAUGGUGAUGAGGCUGCUUCGUGGAGCAGCUCUGGCGCUGCCGCGGGUACCGCCGCAGCGUUUCCAGACCCUGCUGGAGGUGAUGCUGCUGGUUUUGCUGCCGCACCUGCUGCUUUUGCUGUCGCACCUCCUGCUCUUGCCGCAGCACCAAUUCCUGCUGCGCAAACCGCUUUCUACCUACAGACUCUACAUGCUCCUACCUCCACCUCAUCCCCUGCCGCCGGCGUUUUUCCAGCGCCUGGUUUUCCCUUCCCCCCCAUAGGCCCACUUGUUCAUCGUCCUUUGGUCAUUUCACCUGCUGCUGGCGGUUAUCAUCUCACGGCGCCACCCCAGCCUGUUGAUGAUCCUUCCAGUAUGCCAGAGGCACAAGCUGAUGAUCCUUCCGAAGCUUCGGAAUCACCGCAAGAUGGUUUGCCUGACGGUGAAAAUGCAUCCGCUGAUUAUCAUUCCGUCUUCUUAGAGCCAACUAAUCAUCCCUCGGGCUUGCCAGAACUGCCGGCAGUGCCGCCUGUUGCGGACUCCUCUUCUGCUUCAGAGCCUGAUGUUCAUCGUGCUUCUUCCUCUCCAAAGCCUCUCGUUCGUCAAGCCUCUUCCUCCUCAGAGCCUGUUGUUGCUGAUUCUCCUGCUGGCUCGCUUCAGCUUUCUCUACGCUUUUCCCGCGGGUCAGAGCCGCCUUCUACAGAUCCUUCUACCGCUUCAGAGCCGCUCGAUUCAGGUCCCCCUUCCGUUUCAGACGGCCCUUAUGAUGGCUCUACUGCCUCCGACCCACCUGCUGAAGGGCAUUUUUCCUCCUCAGCCGUUUCGAGUGAUUUUCGUUCGGCUUCCUCAAGCCCAAUUCCUGAUUAUCCCACAGCUGCCUCGGCUCCACCUGUUGACCAUCCCGCUUCCCGCUCAGUUGCAGUCGUUGAAUAUCCUACCUCUGCCUCCGCCCCACCCGUUGAUGCUCAUUCCACCUUGGCAGAUGCCCAUACUGACGCUUAUCCCUCCUCUGAAGGCUCUGCAGUCAGCAGUUCUGGGGCACCAAGUACUCCUGUUGAUGGUGCUCCUGCCUACCCAGAAGCUCCAUUUGAUGUGCCUUCUGCUGCUUCUGCCCCUCCUGCUGGUAUGCAUGCUUCCUACGGACCCCAGCCUUUGGAUCCUAACGCUGCCGAACAAAGUCCUUUCUGUCCUCCUGGGGUUGGCUCAUGCCGUUCUAUGGGUCCUGUUACCUUCCACCCACGGCUUUCUGCUGCUCCUCGGGCUUUCCCACGCCCUCCUUUUGGCAAUUCUCUGCCUUACUUGAGACCGCCUGCUGGUCAUCCUAAUGGCCACCCAGCCCGCGGGUUUCCUCGUCCUCGAGCCUUCACCCUUCGAGGCCGCCAACGUCCUUUCGCCGACAAUAGGGGCAAAUUCCGGCAUCCUUUUACUGGCCGUUUCCCCACCUACCCAAGCCCUCGUUUUGGCCCGCCUCCUCCCUCUGCACCUCCUCUUGGUGCUGUUCCCAUGCAACCAGGUCCUCCUUUCGGCCCCAAUGCCUUCGCACAGAUGCCCGGUGGUCCUCAUGAGUUCCUCCCUCCAUUUGGUGGCCCUCGUCCCGGCUACCCAACCCCGCCUGUUGGUACACAUCCCGCCUACCCACCCCCUCCUUUUGGUCCUCAUCAUGGUUUCCCACCCCCUCCUGUAGGCCCUCACCCCCCCUACCCACCCCCUCCGGCUGGUCCUUUUGCGUACCCACCCCCCCGCGUCGGUGUUUUUCCUGGCUACCCACCCCCUCCUGUUGGUCCAAAUCCCGCCUACCCACCCCCUUCUGUUGAUCCAAAUCCCGCCUACCCACCCCCUUCUGUUGAUCCAAAUUCCCCCUACGCAGCCCUUCCUGCUGGUGAUCAAACAGGCUACCCACCUACGGAGGAACCUGUUGCUGAGUACCCACCUUCACCCAGUGAUCCUGCCUCCGAUACUCCAUCCUCUCCUGCUGACCCCCCUAGUGAACACCCACCCUCUCCUGUUGAAUCUCAUCCUGACUAUCAAGGUUCUCCUGCUGGUUCGCCUGCCGAUAACUCACUUCCUCCAAAUGACCCUCCUGAGAACCUGCAGCCUCCUGUUGCUCCUGAUCCCGUUUACGCACCUCCUGCAGUUAAUGUUGAUUCCAUGUACCCAGGGCCAGCUUUUGGCCCUCCUCCCGCCUACACACCCCGUCCAGUCGGUCCUUCUGCCUACCUACCCGCUGGUGUUGGUCCUGAUGUUGCCUAUCCCCCCUCUACCAGUGGUCCUUCUUCCGCCUAUCCACCCGCUUCCGUUGGUCCUUCACCUCCGUACCCACCCCCUCACGUUGGUCCUCCACCCCCCUAUCCACCCCCUCCCGUUGGUCCUUCACCCCCAUACCCACCCCCUCACGUUGGUCCUUUUCCUCCUCAUGCAGCCCCUCCCAUUGGUCCUUUUUCUUCCUAUCCGCCUCCUCCCACUGGUCCUUCUCCUGCCUAUCCGCCCACUUUCGCUGGUCCUUCUUCUGCCUAUCCACCCCCUACCUUUGGUCCUACUGACUACGGAACCCGUCCCGCUGUACCUCCCACCUACCCACUUCCCCCUAUUGGUCCUCUUACGUACCCCUCUCCUCCCGUGGGCCCUUUUCCAGCCCAUCCACCCCCUCCUGUCGGUCCUCAUCCUGGAUACCCACCGCCUUCUGCCGAUUCUCUUCCCGUCUACCCCCCCGUUCCUGUUGGUCCUGUUCCCAUGUACCAGGGCUCUUUUGUUCCUCCUGAUCCCUCCUCAGAAGCGUCUUCUCCUAGUGUCGCACCUGCCUCUUCAGCCUCUUCAGCUGACGUUGCUGAUUCUGCUGACUCGGGAUCACACAGUUCUGCUUCCCUACCUCGUCGUUCUAGCCGUCGUCGUGGCCAUCGUGCCGCUCAUCGUUCUGUAUCUGUCUCGGUAGUCCCGUCAGACUUGUCCGCAAAUUCUUGGGGAGCACACGACGCAGAAGCAGUUUCAGCGGGAGCUGCAGUGGAAGCUGAAGCAAAAGGAGCAGAAGCUGAAGCGGAAGCUGCAGCAGCAGCUGAAGCAGAAGACGCGGCGGAAGCUGAAGCGAAAGCUGCAGCGGAAGCUGAAGCAGAAGCUGAAGCGGAAGCUGCUGCGGAAGCUGAAGCGGAAACUGCUGCGGAAGCCGAAGCAGAAGCUGUAGCAGAAGUAGCGGCAGAAGAUGCGUCGGAAGCUGAAGCGGAAGCUGCAGCAGAAGCUGCAGGGGAAGCUGCAGCGAAAGAUGCGGGAGAAUAUGCGGCGGAAGCUGAAGCGGAAGCUGCAGCUGAAGUCGAAGGAGAAACCGAAGCGGAUGCUGCAGCACGAGUACGUGGGUAA